UCCGUCACAAAUAACAGCCUGAAGCUACAUAGUGAAAAUUGUGAUCUAUUUAAAAUAGUGCUACGGUAGAAGAAAAAUAUACUCCCAAAGACAAUAAACAUAAAUCAGAAGCUUAAAAGUGCUUACAAUGGCUGCAGAAAUCGUGUUUAAAAAAAAUCAGAAGUAUUCUAGAUCGCGUCCUGAAACUGACGGUGAUGAUAUUGUAAUUUCUGGAAUGGCAGGAAAGUUUCCGAACUCAAGAAAUAUUGCAGAAUAUGAAUACAAUCUUUAUAACAAGAUCGAUAUGGUAGAUGAUGAUGAGCGUCGCUGGCGCCACUUUAAUCCUGAAAUUCCAAAACGGUCGGGCAAGAUUAGUGAGCUCGAAAAGUUUGAUGCCACAUUUUUUGGCGUGCACUUCAAGCAGGCUCAUACAAUGGAUCCGCAAACUCGCAUAUUAAUCGAGACCGCGUACGAGGCGGUAAUAGAUGCUGGUAUCAAUCCGAAGACUAUCCGUGGAUCUAAAACAGGCGUAUAUAUUGGAUCUUGCAUAUCAGAAUCGGAAAAAACGUGGUUUUAUGAAAAAGUAUCAUCUGGUGGCUUCGGUAUCACAGGAUGCAGUCGUGCCAUGAUGGCUAAUAGAAUAUCUUACUGCUUGGGACUUGAAGGACCUUCAUUUUUGCUCGAUACGGCUUGUUCUAGCUCCAUGUACGCAUUGGACAAUGCGUUCAGUGCUAUUAGGAAUGGUGAGAUAGACGCAGCAAUUAUAGGAGGAUCAAAUUUGUUACUGCAUCCUUUUGUGACGCUUCAGUUUGCUCGACUUGGAGUUUUGGCGCCAGAUGGAUACUGUCGUCCUUUUGAUAAAGAUGCUAGCGGCUAUACCCGUUCUGAAACAAUAAAUUGUCUAUUUCUACAAAGAAAAAGAGAUGCGAAACGAGUAUAUGCAAGUGUGAUUUAUUCUAAAACUAACUGUGAUGGAUAUAAGCCAGAAGGAAUAACAUACCCAUCAGGAAAAGUGCAAGAAAAGCUGCUUGAUGAAUUUUACAAGGAGAUUGAUAUUACUCCUAAUGAUUUGGGCUAUUUGGAGGCACAUAGUACUGGAACAGUAGUAGGAGACCCAGAAGAGUGCAGAGCAAUCGAUAAUGUUCUCUGUAGUCAACGUGAAGAACCGUUAUUAGUUGGCUCGGUGAAAUCAAAUGUCGGCCAUUCCGAAGCGGCAUCAGGCAUAUGUUCCUUAGUCAAGGCGUGUUUUGCUUUUGAGACGGGUUUGAUACCACCAAAUAUUCAUUUUACUGAGGCCAAGUCCGUAAUUACUGCCCUUGCGGAAAAGCGGUUGAUUGUUGUUGACAAUACUAUGCCACUUCCGAAGCCCUACAUUGGCAUCAAUUCCUUUGGAUUUGGAGGCGCCAACGCCCAUGCAGUUUUAAAAGCACUCCCUAAGCCAAAAAUAAAUUUUGGUCUCCCCGAGGACGACGUGCCUCGAAUUUUAGCCUGGGCGGGUAGAACAGAAGAUGCCGUUAACGAGAUUUUUAAUGCCAUAGAAAAGAGACCAUUGGAUGCGGAGUUUAUUGGAUUGUUACAAAACAUACAGGAAGAUGAAGUCUCAGGCAUGGUGUUCCGUGGCUAUGCGGUUUUCGAAAACUGUGGUGUGGAGCCAACAAAAGCAUUAGUCAAGGAUAUUCAGCAUUACACUGGGCUUAAGCGACCUGUUGCUUGGGUUUACAGUGGAAUGGGAUCCCAAUGGAGUACUAUGGGAGCCUCUCUUAUGAUUAUACCCCGUUUCCGAGAAUCUAUCGAACUAUGCCAUAAGACACUAAUUCCAAAAGGGAUCGAUUUGAUUCAUAUAAUCACAUCAAACGAUCCCAUAAUAUAUGAGAAUAUACUGCAUUCGUUUGUUGGUAUAGCAGCAGUGCAAAUCGCCUUAACGGACGUCUUACGAUCGCUUAGUCUUGAACCUGAUUACAUUAUUGGCCAUUCAGUUGGUGAAUUGGGCUGCGGCUAUGCAGACGGUGGCUUUACAGCUGAGCAAAUGAUUCUUGCAGCUUAUUACCGAGGACGAGUUAGUGUAGAUCUCGAGAAAAUAAGGGGUUCUAUGGCAGCAGUCGGUAUUGGGUACAAACAAAUAAUACACAUUCUGCCUAAAACAAUUGAAGUGGCUUGCCAUAACGGGUCAGAUUCGUGCACUAUUUCUGGUCCUGAGGAAGAAGUUGCGAAAUUUGUUUCUGAUCUAAAAGCAAAAAAUAUCUUUGCAAAAGAAGUACCUUGUUCUAACAUUGCAUAUCACUCAAGGUACAUCGCCCAAAUGGGCCCACAUUUGCUCAAGUACAUGAAAGAGAUCAUACCAGAUUCUAAACUAAGGACAUCGAAGUGGCUCAGUACAAGUGUUCCCAAAAAAGAUUGGGACCUGCCUGGCAGUAAACUUUGUUCGGCUGAAUACCAUACUAACAAUAUGUUGAGCAGUGUUCUUUUUGAGGAAACAUUCCCAUUGAUUCCCAAAAAUGCGCUAAUUAUUGAAAUAGCACCUCAUGGACUACUAGGUGCUAUCUUAAAACGAUCGGCGCCAGAUGGUAUUUAUGUUCCCCUAACACAACGCGGAAAUAAAAAUAAUGCCAUUUUUUUUAUGGGCGCACUUGGAAAACUAUACCAGAAUGGAGUUAUGGUUCCAAUGUCUAAGUUGUACCCUAAAGUAAGCUUUCCAGUGUCACGCGGCACUCCCAGUAUUAGCUCAUUGAUACGUUGGGAUCACAGCGAAGAUUGGUUUGUAACUAAAUAUGAAAAUAUGAAAACUAAGUCCAGUGGAGAGCGCGUGUUUUCUGUAAACUUAGCCAGCGAUAAUGAGGAAUUUAUGAGUGGCCAUAUAAUAGAUGGUAAAAUCUUGGUACCAGCAACAUGUUAUUUGCAAUAUGUUUGGGAAACAUUCUCACUUAUGUAUCAUGGACCGAGUUACAUGGAUGUACCUGUAGAAUUCGAAGACGUACGAUUUUUGAGAGCUACAAAUAUGUCGGCAAAUAGCGAAGUUGAACUGAAUGUAAUGAUUCAUUAUGGUACUGGACAUUUUGAGAUUACUGAGUCCGGCAGUCUUGUGGUCACAGGACAAAUUAGAGAAAUUGAAAAUCCUACCAUUCCCAAAGCUUACAGCUUUCAGAAAGAAAGUCAAUUUCCUAUGGUAUCAAAAACGGGUUUCUACAAGGAGUUAAAGCUACGAGGCUAUCACUACAAUGGUGCAUUUCGUGCGGUACAUAAGGCCCGCUCAGAUGGACUCUAUGGAAAAGUGGAAUGGAAUUACAACUGGGUGACAUUUAUGGAUGCAAUGCUGCAGAUUCAUAUUUUAGGUACAGACUCCCGUUCCUUACUGCUGCCAACUAAAAUACGAAAGCUCCGAAUAAACGGUGUCCACCACUUCAACUUAAUGGCCGAAAUGGAUCCGGAAAAUCGCGUUUUUGACGUGUAUGUAGAUCACAAGUACGAUCGUAUUAUUGCCGGGGGUAUUGAGCUUAUCGGGCUUCACGCCAGUCCGGUGCAAAGGCGUAGACCGCCCGGUGUCCCUGUAUUGGAGAAAAAUGAGUUUGUCCCCUACUUACCAAAACAAGUUUUUGGACUGUCGGAUGCAGUACGUAUUUGUGUGCAGCAUUCGCUCGAAAAUACUCCGACGCUAAAAAUGAAGAUAAUAGAAGUGGAUACGGAAGGAAGAGACACAAUAUUGAGCCACUUCAUAGAUGCUAUUGAAGACCUACCGGUAGUUACUGCGGACUACAUGCUGCUAACGGAUAGAGAAUUGGGAGAUAUUCCUGGCGUUCAUACCGAAAAUGGCAAACUAUCGACUCAGUCUAAUUGUCAUUUCGUCAUAGUAAGCGGACUUUUUGAAGGAUUUAAUGGAGAGGAUGUUAUAACCGCACACAAAGUACUCACUGACAGCGGUUACCUUCUCGUCAGAGAAAGGAAUUGUUUAAACAUGAAUGCCUUGAAAAUACCAGAGAAGUUUCGAUUAAUUUCUGCCAUUCCGCUGGAAAAUAACGAAGAUGUUAUUAUACUCUUGCAGAAAGUAUCGAAAUAUAUAAACGUAGAACCUGUUUUGGUUGAAGUGUCUGAAAACGACAACAAUUUUGAAUGGAUAGUUCAGGUACAAUCAGCCAUGUCCACAAAAACACCAGUGGUAAUAUUUGCAUUCAAUGAAAAAUUAAGUGGUAUAUUAGGCCUGGUUAAUUGUUUGCGGAAAGAGCCUGAUGGUAACUUGAUUUCUUGUUUCUAUAUUAAUGAUGAAAAUGCACCGAAAUUUAGCCUAUCUGAUCCGUUUUACUUAGAUCAAUACACUCUUGGGCUGGCAAUCAACAUUUAUCAUAAUGGAUCUUGGGGCAGUUUUAGGCAUUUAAAAUUGCCAAUCGUAGAUGAAUUAAAGCCCAGGUUGAAUCACAUUUAUGGCAACGUAGUACUACGAGGAGAUUUAUCCUCACUUCGUUGGUUUGAAGGGCCACUUUAUCCAGAUGAUUGCUUGAUUAAGGUGGCAUACUCUUCAUUGAACUUUAGGGACGUGAUGCUUGCCACAGGGCGCUUGGCUGUAGAGCUAUAUGGUUCUACUAGGAUGGAUCAAAGUUGUGUACUUGGCUUUGAGUAUUCUGGCAUCCAUACGAGAACGGGAAAGCGUAUCAUGAGCAUGGUUGUUAAAGGUGGAGUGGCCUCUUAUGUGGAGAAACCAUCCAAGCUUAUAUGGGAAAUUCCUGAUAACUGGACUUUAAAAGAAGCAGCCACAGUUCCAGUGGUUUAUAUAACAGUAUAUUACGCGUUCUUUAUGGCAACAGACAUCCGGAAAGGUAAAACAAUACUUAUUCACGCUGGCACUGGAGGCAUCGGUCUGGCAGCAAUUCGCGUAGCAUUGGCCUAUAAUUUAGAGGUAUUCACAACCUGCAGCACGACAAAAAAAAAACAAUUCCUAUUGGAGACCUUCCCACAACUUAAAGAAUCUCACAUUGGAAAUUCGCGAGACACAUCAUUUGAGUUGAUGAUCCAGCGGGAAACUGAUGGCAAAGGUGUCGAUUUUGUACUUAAUUCCUUAUCAGAGGACAAGUUGCUGGCUUCAAUCCGUUGCCUGGGGCAAUCAGGACAUUUCUUAGAAAUCGGUAAAUUCGAUAUGGCUAACGAUAGCAAACUUCCUAUGGGCUGCUUCCUUAAAGAGCUCACUUUUCACGCUGUACUCGCUGAUACCUUACUCGUUGCGUCCGACGAGGAGAUCUGGCACUUAAAAAAAUUAAUUGAUACGGAUAUUGCCAGCGGCAUUAUUCAGCCACUGCCUGUAACUGAAUUCCCUGCACAUGAGAUAGAGCAGGCAUUCAGAUAUCUAAUUGGUGGCAAGCACAUUGGCAAAGUAGUUAUUCAAGUGCGCGAUUAUCCAGAUGCGCCAGAAACACUUCCUGUGCGAGUUUUAAAGCAAGUGUAUUUUAAGCCGCAUCUCAGUUAUAUAAUACCAGGCGGACUUGGUGGGUUCGGAAUGGAACUCGCAGACUGGAUGGCCAUGCGUGGUGCGCGCAAGUUAGUGCUUAGUUCUAGUCGCGGUAUUACUAAGGACUAUCAAUCUUACAGAAUCGCACUUUGGAAGACCUAUGGCUGCGAAAUUUUAGUUAGUACUGCAAAUAUAUCCACGUUGGAAGGCUGUCGUACCUUAUUGCUAGAUGCGGCCAAGCUAGGCCCCGUUGGUGGCAUAUUCAAUCUAGCAGUUGUAUUGCGCGAUGCCAUAUUUGCUAACCAAACUCCAAAUCAGUUUAUAGAAAGUUUCGCUCCCAAGGCUGUGGCAACUAAACUACUUGAUACCCUCUCCCGCACAUAUUGUCCCCAUUUGGAGCAUUUUGUUGUGUUCUCCAGUGUCUCCUGCGGCCGUGGAAACGCAGGUCAAUCAAAUUAUGGCAUGGCCAAUUCGAUUAUGGAGCGAGUUAUUGAAAGCCGUGCUAUAGCCGGCUUACCAGCUAAGGCUAUUCAGUGGGGAGCUGUGGGCGAAGUCGGACUUGUUGCAGAUCUGGCAGAAGAGAAAAUCGAUAUGGAAAUUGGUGGAACAUUGCAACAAAGAAUAUCGUCUUGUCUACAAGAGCUUGAUACAUUGCUGACUGUUGAAGCACCAAUUGUAGCUAGUAUGGUAGUUGCUGAGAAACGGCUUGGACGCUCGGGAAAUGAGAGCAUAAUUGACGCGGUAAUGAAUAUCAUGGGCAUACGGGACCUGAAAACAGUAUCUUUGGGAACAACUCUGUCCGAGAUGGGCAUGGACUCACUAAUGGCUGUAGAAAUUAAGCAGACUCUCGAACGAGACCAUGAGCUAUCUUUGACACCACAAGAUCUGCGCUCUCUUACAUUCCAAAAGCUGCAAGAAUUUUCCGAAGCCAGGGAGAAAGAAAGCACUGAUGCAGUCAAAAUGAUAUUUGCUUCCGAGAGUAAGCUGCUUGGUAUGGACCUUUUACUACGAAACUUGGGUGACGAAGCAAACUGUAAUGAAGUAAUGGUUGCGCUUAAAACAUUGGCACCUUCAGCAAAACAAAGUGUUUCACCAAAUAUAAUAAUUCCCGGAUUGGAGGGUACGGCUGGAGAAGCAUGGUAUAAUAUUGGAAAAGCUUUACAUAGUAGGACCAAUGUAUUACAGCUGCAUCAAUUCGCUGCGUUGGAAAGUGUAACUGAUAUUGCUAAUAGCAUAUUAGAGAGUGUGAAGAACCUUUUGAAACCUUCUGAUCCUUUUUAUAUAAUUGGAUAUUCAUAUGGAUCUUUUGUGGCUUUACAACUGGCUGCACUGCUCGAAAGCUUUGGUUUUCGGGGUCAUAUCAUGUUAAUAGACGGUGCACCCCACUUUUUGAAGAAGCUUACUAAUCUUCAUCUUGGUGAAAACUUUACCGACGCUGACUUGUACAACCUGCUUUUUUCAAGCAUUGUCAAUCAAAUCUUUCCCGAGCAAACGAAAGAGUCAGCCGCUUUGAUGUUCAGCAAGCUUCCUUCUCUAGAGGAGAAAAUGGGUCUAUUUAUGCAGUUCGUCGAUAAACAGCAUAUAUAUAGCAAAGACUACUCUAAAGUAAUGGUAGAAGCUAUGUUCCGGAGGGUUAAAAUGGUUGCCAACUUUGAUUUGACAAGCGUUCCGGUUUUAAAAUCUCCAAUUACUCUUGUCCGCCCUGCAGAAGUUUCACUUCAAGACAUCGAGGAAGAUUAUUGUGUUUCUCAGCUAACUUCUGGAAAGGUAGUGCUCAAAGUCAUCGAAGGUAAUCAUACCACCAUGCUGGACAAUCCUGUUCUGUCUCAGUUAAUAAACGAUUUUGAUCCCGCACUCCUGGAUGACAAAAACUUUGAGCAAUACAUUCGAGAUGUUAAAGCAGUUUCAGUAGUUUAGAAUUUAAUUAAAUGUACUAAAUUAAGACAGAAUCCGAGUCAAUUUUUAUACAAACUUGAAAUAACUAGAUAUUUUUAAACUACUUAUAAAGAACAAUUUUAAAGUAAAUUUAAAAAUCUAUGUUCGUUAUUUGGCCUAAAAAUGACAGCGUAAAAUAUAAUACAAACGUAUGAUA